UGCUUCUCUCCAUCUUGUGAUUUCUUUUUUCCCUCCGACCCCUCCGGUGGGGGGUGCGAGUUUGUCUGUAGCCCCUCCACCCCGCUGCCUCUUUUCCUCUCGCCCUCCUCAGCGUGUGGUGCGCCUUUUUUUUUCUUUUCUCAUUCCCCUCUUCAUUCUUAUUUAUUCAUAUUUAUUCGGCUCCUGCGCUCCCGCUCGCGCUCGCUCCUUCCCUCCCUUCUCCACCGAUCCCCGGUCUCUCCCCGGAGUGGCGCGUCCGGGGCUCCGCCGCUGGCCAGGCGUGAUGUUGCACGUGGAGAUGUUGACGCUGAUGUUUCUGGUGCUCUGGAUGUGUGUGUUCAGCCAGGACCCGGGCUCCAAGGCCGUCGCUGACCGCUACGCCGUCUACUGGAACAGCAGCAACCCUAGGUUCCAGAGGGGCGACUACCACAUCGACGUCUGCAUCAACGACUACCUGGACGUCUUCUGCCCGCACUACGAGGACUCAGUCCCGGAGGAGAAGACCGAGCGCUAUGUCCUCUACAUGGUGAACUUUGAUGGCUACAGUGCCUGCGACCACACCUCCAAAGGGUUCAAGAGAUGGGAGUGUAACCGGCCUCACUCGCCCAACGGACCGCUGAAGUUCUCCGAAAAAUUCCAGCUCUUCACACCCUUUUCUCUAGGAUUCGAGUUCAGGCCCGGCCGGGAAUAUUUCUACAUCUCCUCUGCGAUCCCAGAUAACGGAAGAAGGUCCUGUCUCAAGCUCAAAGUCUUCGUGAGACCGACAAAUAGCUGUAUGAAAACUAUAGGUGUUCAUGAUCGUGUUUUCGAUGUUAACGACAAAGUAGAAAAUUCAUUAGAACCAGCAGAUGACACCGUACAUGAGUCAGCCGAGCCAUCCCGCGGCGAAAACGCGGCACAAACACCAAGGAUACCCAGCCGCCUUUUGGCAAUCCUACUGUUCCUCCUGGCGACGCUUUUGACAUUAUAGCACAGUCUCCUCCCGUCACCUGUCACAGAAAACACCAGGGUCUUGGAACACCAGAGAUCCACCUAACUGCUCAUCCUAAGAAGGGACUUGUUAUUGGUUUGGGUUUUUUUUUUUUUGGCAGAUGUCAGAUUUUUGUUUUCUUUCUUUCAGCCUGAAUUCUAAGCAACAACUUGGGGCCAGGGGAGGGGCUAAAGUAGUUGCUGCCUCCCUCACCCCACCCCCAGCCCUUGCCCUUGACUUUUCUCACCCCUUCCAAAUUAAAUGGACUCCAGAUGAAAAUGCCAAAUUGUCGUAGUGACACCCGUGGUCAUCAGCGCCUGUGCACUCUCCUCUGAGCUCACCUCCAGUGGCGCACUGUCAGCAGCAGGUGGGUGCAGCCGGCGGGGAGGGCGAGGCCCCGAGGGUUUCCUCUCCCGGGCGGUAUUUAUGCCUUUUCAUUCAGGGCUGUAAGAGGCGUGCAGGGUAUUGUCACCAUGUCAAGUCCAGAGGGGAGGUAUUAAGAAUAGAUAUAUAAUAUUACACUAUUUCCUCUAGGGUGUGUAAAUGAACAGGCUUCUAAAAGGUCGAGACUUUUUUUUUUUUUAGAUGACUGUCUUAAAGCAUUCUUGACAGCAAAGCGUGUGCUCCGUGGAAGCAGCCUUUUUGCUAGGAGGCGGGUGGGGUGCGGAAUGCUAGCACAGAGCAGGGUGACAUCAGAGAAAACUUCAGUUUGGUGGGGUGUUGUGUAUGUACGAGUGCCUCUAAUUUUUUCGGUGACUGGGCGGUGUACAUCAGAUUUUUUCCCUUUUGGAUACAGAUCACCAUGGUGCUACAACUAUUUUUUUGUUUGUUUUUAAAGAAACUCAAAGAGGCAUUUUUAUGAAUAAAGUGACCUUCCCCGAGGCUGACAAGCCAGGGUUGAUGAGUGCAUAAUGGAAUAGCUUUGGAUACUCCUCUGGGGCACAGUAUGAACCGAGGAAAAGAUGCCAGUGGCCAGAGGAUAUGAUUUGGCUUUGCUGGAGCGCCAGUGGACUGUGGCCUUUCCCCGACUCCCACCCUAGUACCCACGUUUUGCUCCGCACUCCGCGACGACAGGGGCUCCGACACAAACCCCUGUCACCCGGAGAGUCAGUCAGCACUACUUGGGAGGGCUAAAGGGAAAUUUGGAAUAAAAAUUCCAAAGUGUGGAAUAAAAAAAAAAAAUUCAAGUGUUGAUUUUAUAUUCUUUCCCUUUCUGACACAGCCUGAAGAGUAGGGGGAACAUGUGUUUAUCUGUGGGAGAUAAACAAGAUGGAGUCCCAAAGACUUUAACAAAAUAUUUUUUUAAAAAUCCACUAGAAUAGAAAAUACAUUAUUUAGAUAUACUUUAUGCUGAGAGUGAGUAUAUAUGCUUGUCCUAUUUAAACUUGUGAGAAAAAGUGGUAUCCCUUGAUACAUUUAGAAAUAUGGGGGGCUACCUUGUUUCAUUGUGGGGGUGGGGCGGACAGAGAAUGAAUGCAGGAUGACCCUGCGUAAAGAAUCUCAGCAUGGCCAGCAAGGGAUGCUGUUUCCAGUUAGCUACCAGGAAAUGCAAGCCUUGGGGGUUUCUACUGGUGAGGCUGUCGCGAACUUUGAACUCCGAAGCCUGGGCAGGGAAGAGCGGCAGACCGAGGAAAAGAAAUCUUGCCUUUUUUGCUAUUGCACGACACAUCAACAGAAACCAUGCCUUUCGAAACAAAACAAGAAAUAUAUGCGAUGAUCAUGUAAGAUGUGAAAAAUCGGAAUUCCAGCAACGUAAAAAUGUAUGUGUAAAAAAAGGGGGGGUGUCAUAUUAUGGACAGAUUUCAUGAAUGGGAAUUUGAGAAUUUUGAGUAGUUCUGAAUUAGAAAAGUAUGUGAGCGAAAGGCAGCUGUAGAAGUGCUGCCCGCUGGAGAGUUGUACGUGUUGAACUGUAAUCUGCGCUUACCCGAAUCCGUGCGGAGCGGAGGCUGCUGCUGGGUCUCUUCGCACUUGGAGCCAGUGAGCGGGGCUGCCAGCCUCGCAGACCCGGUCGGUCCCACUCCCCCAGACGCCGGGACCUUCUCUGGAGUGGCAGAGUCUUAUCACAGAAGGCAGCCACCAUUUCGCUGAAACAAAAGUUCACAGCAUUGGAUUCUUUUUUUCCUUUAUAUGCUCAGUACUCUCAGUAAUGUCCAGUAAUACUUCUUCUUAUGAAUAGUUACAGGCUUGUUGGUGCAGUGGGAUUUGGGUAGGGGGGAAAGAGGUACCUUCUAAAAUGGAUCAAUAGUCAGAACCAAAAUAAUACUGCAUGUUCUAUAACCACAAGGAAAUCAAAUGAUCCUGUAAUGAUUCCAGUUAGUCAUAACUACAUUAGCAGUGCUAAUUUCAUUUUAGAAAUGGUGACUUCUGUGGUUUUUCUAGCAUUUGUCUCUAACAAAUGAUGAAAUAAUUACUCAUGGCCCUCUCUGCCACUCUUUCAUUUUUCACAGUAAAAUUAGACCCCUUUCCUUCACCAUUGUGCCACUACAAAUUAAGUAAAAAAACAAAAACAAACAAAAAAAGCCAGUAGCAAGACUACCCACACCAGUAGACAGUGUGCUUCUCGACCUAUAAGUGAUGUGAUUGUAGGUAACGCUUGCCGUGCUUUCAAGAUGAUUGGUAUCAGGCAGUUUUCAUCUUGUCCAAAAAGUGCUGGUGGCCUUUUGUGGUGGUGUUACAUCCCUCUGGGGGCUUAGGAAGAUGUCGAUGCAACUUUGUAGCAGCUUUUAACUUCAAAAACAAUUCAAAAGUCUGAAGGGCAGGCAGCCUUAGCUGCCUCCCAGCCCCAGCGAGUCAAACCCCAGCGACCUUUGCCCCUGGUUGCCUAGGGCUUUGCAACAUGAAGCAGGGAAAUAAGGAUCUGUCUGUUUAGUGGAUACCGUGUAUCCUUUAAUAGACCAGGUAACAGUUUGUGUUAGUUUAGACUAUUGUUUUGUACUGUACUUUCUUGGGUGGCAGAGGAAAGAAAAGUAAAACAUUAAAAAAAAAAAACUGCGUUCUUUAAAUUCUGUAUUAUUAGCAACCUCUGUUGUAUAUAGUGUUUGAUAAUAAAGUAUUAAUUUGAUUCUUAUGUCUUUUGUAAGUGAGAACAAUAGUCUUUCAGGAUACAAAACAUGCAUUGAGGCUUUGAAACAUCCAAUGUAUACUUGCUGGAGAAGAGUCACAAAUGACCGAGACACUGCUCCACGCAGGACCGUGUGGUCCUCGCGCUCCCAGUCUUAAGACUCCACCGUCUGGGGACCUGGAACAACAUGACUUUUUUGACCACUUUUCAAGGUCUGAUGUUGGAGCCCUAUGGUGCGUGCACAUGUGUGUGUAUAUUGUGUGUGUGCGUGUGUGUUUUCCACCCCAGCAUGUUGGUUUGAAAAGGUUUAGGAAAUUGAAAAACAGCUCUGUACUUGGUUUGGUUUCCUUUGUGGUGGUUUUCAGAGUUUUGUUUUUCCCCAGGAAGAGUCUUACCAGCGUCGCGCAGCCCCGGGGUGGGAAAGGCUGCGACCGGUCCCUUCAGGAAGGUGCAGUGGGGCUGUUUUCCGCUGUGUCACUGGGAAAGGACGAGUUACACAGUACCUGUGGGUUUCCAGGAACUUUGCUUUUCUCUGGUGCCUUAGCAACGGCAGCAGCCAUUUUUAUAAUUUCCCCCAAAUUAGAAAAACAGUUUAAAUGCCUCCCUUCCAUUCACUGCUCUGAGCUGUGGUCACUAGUGUUUCUUUUGAAAACCACCUCCACCGGCGCCCCAUUUGCCUACAACCCCCUUUUAUUGCCUAUGUUUAUUUUUUCGUCUCUCGCCUUCCUCCCACGUUUCAUUUUCCCUCGGAACCGUGAAUGGGCAGGUCUGUCUCUGGUUUGGCAUCACUGAGUUUUUCCCAUGCGUUUGCCCCGGAGCUGCUCGGAUGUGAGACAAAUCUCCCUACAAUGGGCGUGCUCCAUUGUCUGGACAGUUUAAUAGAUGCUGGCACGCUGGAGGUUACCCAUGAGUCAGAAUCCGCUUUCCAUGCUUCCUCCUGACACCCCAUUGAAGCCGCUCAUUGUGUGUGCGCCUGGGUGUGAAGUCCAGCCCCUCGUGGUCCUGUGGUCCUGCUGCCCUGCUCUGCAGUUCCUUUGCACUGACUCAUCGAGUGCUGUUUUGAAAUGCUGACAUUAUAUAAACCUAAAAGAAAAUGUAAAAAAAAAAAUCAAAAACCCACACAGACAAACCCAUACGAUCUGUAUUUGUAUAUACACGUGUCCGUACAAGUAUACCUAAAUAAAAAUGAAAGAUUUUCAUCAUUUUAA